AUGUCUGAUCCAAGCAGCACAGCUUCCUCUUAUUCCACGUCGCCCCGGCUCACCACCGGCGUCGUCAACUUCUUGGCGCGCCGCGCCAUGACCACGCAGAACCACCACAGAGCAGCAGCAUCCCUCCACUCGCCAGGCUCCUCCACCGGCUCCGCCGACACCGCGCCAUGGCACUACCGUGCCCCGGCCACGCCGCCGCCUCUGCUCCCGUUCGACGCCAACGACGCCGACGAGAUGCUGCUGCUUGACAUGCUCUCCCAGCACCAGGAGGACAUGCACACCGACACCGCGACAGCGCCCGUUCCCACCACGACGGCGGCAACGGCCGUGAAGCGAGAGGUCAGCGAAGAGGUGGAGGCCAAGGUGGCCGUCGGCGGCAGUCGGCGCGCGUUCCGCGGGGUGCGGAAGCGGCCGUGGGGCAAGUUCGCGGCGGAGAUCCGGGACUCGACGCGGGACGGCGUCCGGGUGUGGCUGGGCACGUUUGACAGCCCGGAGGAGGCGGCGCUCGCGUACGACCAGGCCGCCUUCGCCAUGCGGGGCGGCGCCGCCGUGCUCAAUUUCCCCGCCGACCAGGUACGGCGCUCGCUCGAGGGCGCAGGGGACGACGUGUGUGGCCGCGCCGACGGGUUGUCACCCGUGCUGGCGCUGAAGCGGCGGCACUCCAUGCACAGGCGGGCGUCUACAACACGAAAGGCUAGUAGGGCCGUCCGGACGGGCCGGCCGGAGGGCGUGAUGGAGCUUGAGGACCUCGGCGCAGAAUACCUCGAGGAGCUGCUCGGCGCCUCCGACGACAUGACGACCUCGGCCUCCAGUUCAUGGUGCUCGGGUCAUCACUCCAUCUGA